AUGUGUAACAGAUUCAAUAUCAGAGGAAUAAAGUUGGUACAUUGUUGUGGUGAACAUGGCUCACAAACGGUUUACUGGCAUAUUAAACCCAUUUCCUAUGAUGGCAGCGAUAAUGACACCACUGAGUCCUUUAAACAUUUUAACCCCUUUGCCUCAGAAUACUCUCCGUCAACCUGUGCGAGUCUUCCGCCAACAAGCAGGUUUGCCACGUUUGAAGCGCGUGGUCCACCCAAAAGAGAACUCAAUAUAUUUCAUUGGCGAUACGUGACCUAUUCGACUCGAGUUGACAAGAACUGGUGGUAUAAUAUAUCGACAGAGUUAUGUCCGUAUCUGUCAGAGUUAAACAUAUAUACGAAAUUUGCAGCUACUAUUUAUCCUGGAAUAAGUGAAUGGCCAUUGGCUAUGCUCCGUGUAAAUUUUGGAGUGGCUCCAAGUCACACUAUCGGAGUAAUUGCAGGGAUGGACAACGUUAUCACAUUCAUACCACUUAUACCCUCUGGCGAAAUACUGGAUAAAUAUGGAGCGGAUGACGGAUAUGGAUACAAAAACAUGUAUGAUAUCAAGAGAGAGGUUCUAGCACCAUACAAGUUUGUCCUUGCUUUUGAAAAUUCCAAUUGUGCUGGAUACGUGACCGAGAAAGUAUACGAUGCAUUGUUGGUUGACGCUAUUCCUAUAAAGUACAUGGGAGCGGCGGAUAUCUCCUUCUGGCAUUGUGAUUAA